CGGUAUACCGCACGUCACCUGAGUGCAUCCCCGAGUUUAACCCAGCGGAUCAGAAAUUGACUAUGGCUAAAUGGCUUGACAAAAUUGACCAGAUGGCCGAAAUAAAUAACUGGAGCGAAAUGGUUACCAUACAAAAUAUGCAGAGUCGACUCACUGGCGUCGCGAAGACAUGGUACGACUACUUGACGUCAUACAAUUACGACUGGAACGAAUGGAAGGCUCUGUUAUUGCGUUCGUUUCCCGAACACCAUGAUUUCGCACACUUAUUGCGAGUAAUGCUCAAUAGAAAGAAAAGGAGAGAUGAAUCUUGGGCGAAAUAUUAUUUUGAUAAAGUGGGAUUGAUGAGAGUCUGCGGGAUCAGCGAACGAAACGCUGUGUCGUGCCUAAUUAAUGGCAUUGAAGACGACAUUAUCCAAACGGGUGCUAAGGCGGGCCGCUAUCAAUCGCCCGAAGAAUUAUAUGCUGAGUUUUUGAUGACCCUUCCUUCUGCCAUCAAGCCAGAUAUGCCACACAACACCAAGCUACGUUUAGGUGCAAGGCCUAAAUCUAUUCCGUGGGGCGAAGCUAGAAAGAGGGGUCCUCCAUAUGAUGCUAAGGGUCCAGAUGGCAAGCCAGAAUACAAGAGGAGGUGUUACAAUUGCGCAGAAAUGGGGCAUGUCGCAAAUAAAUGUUCCAAGCCACGGAAACAAUGUACAAACUGCAAACUUUUGGGACACACGGUCCUCGAGUGUAAGAAGACACUCACCAAUCAUUAAGCAAACACUGUACGUGGUCUGCGAGGACGCAGACUAACUGUAGCGUGGCCGACUGUUACAAAUACUCGAUUUGCCCGCCAAAUUGUCGGCUACUUUCGGAAGUCUCCACCAUCUACCCGAUGACGAGCAAAGGCGCUCCGCAAAUCGGAAGGCGCGAAAUAUGUAUCAAUAAUAACGAGA